AUGGAAUCCCAAAACCCUCAUUGAAAUGAGAACUCUCUUGUGUAUAAGCUAAGACAAGAGCUUAUCUCAUCAAAGAGCGGAGGAAACUUAAACUACACCGAAAAACGAAUUCUCAAGGACUUAGAAGAAUUUCAAUACAACGUUAAUCCAGAGAUGGGAAUCUCUGCAAUGCCACUAAAGGACAACAUCUACAAGUGGGUUGCAAACAUCAGAGGAAUUCUUGACACUCCUUAUGAAGGAGGUAUCUUCCAUUUUUCUAUCACAAUUCCUCAGGAUUACCCAAACAGCCCUCCAAAAGUAGAGGCAUUGACUCCAAUUACAAAUCCGUACUUCUCUGGCACAAAGUAUUUAUCAGAAAUGGUUCAAAGUGAAUGGUGCUCUGGGUAUUCCCUUUUCUCUGUGCUUCUGCAGAUUCAAUUUGGAUUCUAUGACUAUAAAAAAUCUAAAACGAAAGCUAUUAAAGCUCAAGCAGAAGAGACAAAGACCUUUAAGUGUCCAUUUAGCGACCAUAACGGAGAAGAUAACAUUUACCCUCCUUUUGAGUCAGCUUUGGAAGAUGGCCCAGUUGAAUAUGCUAAAAAGACGGAAGAGGAAAAACUUAUCGAAGAUACUUAUUGUUUCCACACUAGAAUGAACGUCAAGGAGACUAUCCAAGGAACUGGAGUAGGCUUCUCUAGAACUAUGAGGACAACAGAGGUCUCAAGAAUCUAUACAACCAUUGACAUGGUCUCUCAGAAGGCAUAUAAAGAAGGUCUCAGAAAAGGAGUCAACAAGAAGAAAUUCUCUCAUUGGUUGCCAUUGUACUUCAAAGAGACUUCCAAUGUUGAGAAAACUAUUGACUUGUUCAGGAAGUCCCUCUCAGAUAUCUCUGCAGGAUCAAAGGACAAGUUUGAGGAGGAAAUGAUCCUUCAGAUCAUGCCUAAACUAUUGCUGAGUCAUUGUGUUCAGUCCUUAACUGGGACGUCCUAUUGAUCGAUUAAAGGGUUAAGAAUGCUGAACUACUAUCAUAGAGCCUUCGUUUUUGUUCUGGAGCAUCAUCCAGAGAUGCAAUUUAAGCUUGAACAAACUAUUGAGAACUUCAUUCAUAGUGAAAAAUUCAGGGGGAAGGAAAACACUCCUGAUAUUGGGAUGAUUCUGGCCAUGAUAUGUGUAUCAAAGAAAUUCACAUCUAAAGACCUUAUCAAAGCCUACUUUGAGGAGAAGUUUACUAGGUGUGUCUUCCAUAUCAUCAGAGAAAUCCCAGAAUUUGAAACAUUAAAUGAUGAAACUUUCAGUCAAGAAUUUGCCCAAAAUGUAUAUGAAAACACCAAGAAUAGCUGGGAGUUAAUGAUGUUUUUCUCCUUUUACAACAGCUACAUCAUUGACAAGAACCAAGGAAAGAGAGAUUUGAGCCCAAUUAUAGAAGAGUAUGACAAGAGAUACUCUAGAUUAUACUAUAAGCUUGAAGAUGAGAUCCAAAAAGAAGUUGAGUAUAUUAAAUCGGUCUCAAAUUUUAAUGAUUUCUUCAGAAAAGUUGGGCUUAAAACUAAGACAAACAACGAGAUUAAAAGAAUGUUUUACAACUCAGUUGCCACUUCGCGACAGAAGGGAUAUCAUGGAGGAGUAGAAAUCUAUUUCCCACUUCCAGAAGCCAAGAGACAAGUUUGGGAAGUCAUGAAAGACAAAGUUACUCUUCUCUCUUUCUGAAAGAAAGCCAAGGAGGAAGAAAAAUUCAUGGAUGAUGAAGUAUCCUUCCAAGGAUACAUCAAGAGUAGAUUUCCUUGGGUCAAAAGCUAUCUUCUGAAGGAUGAAGAACAAGUCACACCUGAGUUUUUAGCAAACGAGAGUGAUCUCAGAAAUUCAUCAAACAAGUACCAUUUAGAUCUUAAAGGAGAAUUCCAGAAUUUGCAUUCCAAAGGAUUCUUUAAUGGUCUAAAAAAUUCAUCCUCGAAUAGACCAUAUGAGAGUUACACGUGGAAAGAUCUUUUUAUGAAAUUAGACUUUGAGACAUUUAUCUACUUCAAUGAGUAUCAUCAAAACAACAAAGCAUUGGAGAGGUACUUGAAGUUUGUUUGCCCAACCAUCAAAGGACUUGUGCUCAAGCAGCCAUCAAGAGAUUCUGAUGAUUUCUCUUAUGCCAUUUACACAAAGAUCAUAUCAGCUUGUGCCAGAAGUCUUGAGAGAUUAGUAAUUAUUGGAGAUACCCAAGCAUUUCCGAUUUCUCAAGGAUUAGUCACAUGUAUAAGAUUAGGGUUCAAAUCUGCUAAGUCAGUAGCCUUGAAGGAACUUGAGGUUCAUUAUGUUAAUUACUUAGAUACUUAUGGAGAGCCAAUGGCUGAUGAUAGAGUAGAAGAGAUUAAACUGAUCUCAUUAUUGGAAUUUGUUCCCAACAUUGAUACUCUUCGGAUGUCCAACAUUAGCCUCUCUGUUUCUAACAUUGAUAAAAUCUUUGAAGUUAUUAAACAUGAGAACCUCAAGGAACUAUCUUUAGUCAACUGUAGUAUUGACAAAUAUGUUGCAAAGGCCUUGGCAAAGAGAAUGGAAUUAGAGUUUCAUAAUCUAGAAAUCUUGAACCUCAGUCAUAAUCAUCUCCACCAUGGAGCAGGAGCUUUGAUGAGAAGACUAGCAGGAAAAGAACAUCUCAGAGUCUUUGAUAUAAGCCAUAACUGUUUGGAGCACAUUGAAGAGCCAGCCAAAUACUUUGGGGCCUUCUUGGAGAAGACUCCUCGUCUUGAAUACUUAAACUUUGCAUUCACGAAUAUUCAGAACAUGAUCUCUGCUUCUUCUACAUGAAUCUUAAUAUUCCUAGGCAAACUUCAGAACUUAAGAGGGUUUUCUUUCGAUACAAACACGUGCAAGAUGACAACAGAUCAAUUAAAAGAGAUGGGUAAAGCUAUAGUUGAAUCAAAGAACAGUGGAGCUCCACUUGAUUAUAUCAUCCUCAGAGGGUGCUUCGGUACAUAUCAAGACUAUGAAGAAUUCUUUGAUUCUCUUUCUGUUUUAUCACCAAUUCUUCAAGAGGAGCGUCUUCAUGGGUUCGAGCUUGUCAACGACCCAUGGCAAGCUCAACCUGAUGGACUGAUAAAAUACUUAGAUAUUUCUCUUGGAGCAUUCACUUCAAUGUUUGAGCAAAAUCAACUCAGAAAGGGAGAAUUCCCUGGCUUGAAAUAUGUCUUUACGAUUGUUGAGUCUUUAAAUAUGAACCAAUGUCAACUUGAUGAGAAAGAUGCCAGAAUGAUUAAGUUCUGUCUUAACCAAGCUGGAGGUAAUUCCUCUUUAAGGGCUCUUAAUCUCAGUAAGAACAUGAUAGGGACUAAAGGAGCUAAAGCAAUAGCUAGCCUUCAAAUAUCUGAACUAGAUCUUAGUAGCUGUAAGCUAGGAGUUGGUGAGGCAUCUGCUCUAUCGAAAUUGAUCAAAGAAAAUUUAAUGUUAAAGAAACUUAAUCUUUACAACAACAAGGUUCAAAUUGAAGGAACUAGAUUUAUUUCUAAAGCUUUGGAAGAGAACAAGACUCUAGAGUUCCUUGAUCUUGGCUCAAAUCUUAUCAGAAAUAAAGGAUUUCAAUCUCUCACUACUUGCAUUAAUGGAAGUUUAAAGGUGCUUGCUGUCAAAAACAACUGCAUUAAUGAGAAAGGAUUCAACGAAUUCAUGGAGGCUUAUCACAACAGUGGUGACUGCCAACUCAAGACCCUUCUGUUAGCCAGCAAUGACAUCAACAUGUACACUAUAAAGCUAAUCGAAGAAGAUAUUGGAGAUAAAUUAUAUGUUGAUCUGGGAUUGAAGCUAGAUAAUCACAAUGAAAGAACGCUCUUCUUAUGUGGAAUCAAUCCGAAAAAUACCAAACCUCUAUUGAAGAAAUACUUUGAGAAAAAGGGAUGUGGAGUUAUAGAGCAUAUCGACAUAAUGCGAGGAAGAGAAACAAAGAAAGGAAAGAUCAACAUCUUUGGGUUCGUCAAAUUUGCCCACAAAAAUGGGAAGAUGAGAGUCAUCCAAUCUCUUGAAGAAUUCGAAGAAGAAGAGAUAGAAUUCUAA